CCGCCGACGGAGAGCAUCCAGCCUCGCCUUUGAGAGGAAGAGAGAGACAGAGAACCGCACCGGCCCCCGAACACCCCCUAUCGUCAUUGUUUCGCCGCCCCGAGCCGACCACAUCCGCAACUUCCAUCGCCAAGGUCACGACACACCUACUACAGUCAUUGCCUUAGCGAUUCAACUACCUACCGAUAGCCCCGACAAAAUCCUCUCGCGACGACGCAUAUUUUUGCCAUUCGUCACGUCUCGUACACACGAUCACAAACGCCCCAUCCACAGCCCCAUCCACGGCGGCGGCGACGACGACGACGACGAAGACGGUCCAGCACACGCGGCAGUCGACAUAAGCCUCAGCGGCGUACACCCAGUCAACAAUCCCUUCCCUAUUGGCAAAUCACAAAGAUACCUACCGAACCCUCUCAGCCCGCACCGCAUCGCACCGUCCUCCGUCUUUCGAGUCUUUCCUGACUGACCUCGCCCGCUCCCUGCCCGCUCCCAAUCCUCGCAGACACCGCAAACAUGUCAGAAUCAUAUGAGCGCGAGCGCCAGAACAAUGCCCGCCUCGACGAGCUGUCGGCAAAGGUCUCAGCUCUCAGGGGCGUCACCGUCGACAUUUACGACAAUGCGCGCGCCCACGAGGUCAUUGACAGUACCUCCGAGACCUUCUCCUCCAUGUCCACCCAGCUUAAGGGCUCCGCCGGCCGGCUAACCCGCAUGGCCGCCUCAGGGAACAAGGUCGCCAUUCUCAAGUUAUCGGGUAUCAUCAUCGGCGUCUUUGUCGUCCUCUACUACAUUGCCAAGUUGUUUUUCUAAAAAGAAGAGAGAGAAGGCCGCGCAUUUUACAAUGACGAUCGUUUAGUAGGCAAUGAGCCUCUGGUUUUCUUCUCGCUAAUGAUACUCCGAGUUCAAUCACGGUCAUGGCGAAAAGGGGGGAUACCCGGCGCCGAGCUUUUUCGACCGUUUCAAACAAAUAACAAAAAGGGGUUCAAUCCGGUAUCGGCCUUGGAACAAGCAUUGCGGGAACGACACAUACGGGAGUCAAUUUUGAUAUAGGGCGGGCGUGGACGUUUAAAUACCCUGCGCAUGCAUUUGGAGUUUUUUCUUUUGGGAGGUGGGCAACACGACUUGAAUGUUUUUAGCACUAGCCAUUAGCACUGCACACAGACAU